AUGCUGCUCGGUACCUCGCAUCCACCUCCUCCAAGCGGAGGACGAAUCCCUCCCUCCCUCUUCGACCUCUACGUUCAGUACAAACAAGACACGAGAGCAAUAAUUGCUUGGUUGAUGAGCCAUGGCACGAACAAAAUUAAAAGUCUCCAUAACAUCUCCAUCAGGGACCUGCUGGGCCUGGCGGAAGUGGUACAAAAGAAGGCGGUGGUCAUGCCAGACUCCAUUGACUUUCAGUUCCGCCAGGUAAUAGCCGCUCGUACACAACUCAGCAAUUUCUUCAGGACGAAAAGUGGCCCCGAGGUGACCGUUGAAGAUACCGUCAACCACGAGUUCUUCACGGAAAGCCUGACCAAGAUUUAUACCGACCUCUACGGAUGUUGUGCCAAGCCCGUGGAGGACCGCAAGCGAACGGGUAGGCAGAAAAGUCAAGUGGUAUGGGAAAAUCGAUUUGCGGCCCUCAAUCCUGGCACGACGGACACUUGCUGUGACUGCGGAUCGGAUUUGCCAAGCGAUCAUCGUGAUGGAGAAGGUGCAAGACAAGGUGUCGCUACGGUGCCAAGGACUGACGAUACCCCUCAACUCCUUGAUGACCCGUUGGGUGAUGCCUUUGAGAUAUGCAAGGAGCUACAGGUAUAUCUCCCUCCGUUGUGGUCGUCAUUUAGUCUGAUCGAUGUUUUCCAGGAGAUGGAUGAUCUACUGCUUGCGACAAAGGGGGUUUGGGAGCAGGCCGGAAAGGGUGACACCCCCCUGGUGAUGGCGGCUCUCAUGACGAAUGUUGCUUUUGCGAGGUUCGAAAGCGUUGAGCAGCGACUUGAUCUUUUAUGCGAUGGCUCCGACCCUGGGGCAUUGCGCGCGAAGUUGAUGGGAAUGCAAGACGCUCCAAUGGGAUCCACCGCCGUGAAGGUCAUCGCGGAACAGCCAGGGACGCAAGCAAUCGAAAACUUGCAACAGUCGUGGCACCUGCUGUUGCACCUGAAGGAUAGCAUCCGAGCGACGAAGCAUGGAAGUGAGAUGGUCUGCACACCGAAGCCUUCAAACAUACUUCUUCGAAUAGGACCGAACUCGGGGGAAGCGGACGAAAAGUGUCUGAGCAUGAUAUUGUAUAAUAUCAAACAGCAUGUGCAAGCCAAAUGCCUGCCGACAGAUAUAGUUCGUGCGGGAUCGCCCUUGUAUGCAGAUAUCGGAUACUUCCUCACACAUGAGGAGAACAAUGUCAACGGUCUUCGCUGCGCCUUUGGGCUUCGCAUGCUCCUGGAUGCCUACAAGAGCUUCAUGUUGGCAUGCCAAGGGGUGUGCGCACCUCCAAGCUGUCGGUUGCAAGCACUCAAGCUCGCACAGGAAGCGCUACACAGCGUACACACCGUACUCGAAGACUCCAGUAUGCCGUGCCGAUGUCCCCAAACCCUGGCGUUUCAUUUGGGAAACCUCGAACUGGACCUGAAAACCUUCCUCCAGGAGAAGUGCUUUGAUCUGUACUUCCAGUCACCUUGGGUUUCCGGAUCUCAUAUACUCGAGAUGCAUGAGACUCUGUUCUACUAUGGCCUGCGCUUGUUCAGCUAUCGGCAUUACGUGGGAUCUGUCGUCCACGUAUAUCAUGCUCUGAGAGAGCUCACCGGCUUCAGGUCGAUACCUUUGCUCGAGCAGCUGCGUAAUACAUUCAAUGACGUGCUAUUUCCAGGUGGUCGGCCGAGCCGGAAUUUCAAAGCUUGCUGCAUCAGGUAUAUGGGGGGUAGGUUGAAGUUCAGGUCUGAUGGCUCGGACCACAGGUCUGGCUCUCAUCAUAUGGCCGUCCCAGCUCACACGGCAAAAGCCACCGCCGGAUUUGGAUUACGAAAGGAGGCAAACGACACAAGAUUCGCCUACUGCAAAAUAUCGCUCUUCUAUCACAUCAAGGAGAAAGGCUACCAUGUCAAUGAAAGUCUCUGGAAUCGUAUCCACGCUCCCGCCCGUCCUGGCACGUGUGAGAAGGAUCACGAGAUGCAUACAUGCGCGCACAACCACCCGACACAGGAAUACACGUCCAUGUCAUGCCCGCAUCAAUUUUCUCAUCUCAAGGAAGCAACUCUUCCAGAUUUUGCCGGUCCCUUUCCAAUCGCAAGGGUCAACUUCUUCCAGAUCUACAUGAGUUGUGUGCAAAUCAUCUCUAUCGUAAGCGACAAGACACACGAUGGUGGAGAGCGUGGACGAAACUGUGUUUGCUUCUUGGAUGCCAUCCUUCAAGCCGCCGAUCGUUACAAGGCCAACGAACACAAGUUGCAGCCAUUCGGGUUCAAGGAGUUGGUAAGUACAUGCCAGGAAGCCAUGAGCGCUGUAUUGGGCGAAAGAAGCGUCGAUGACUUCUUGUGGAAGACUUUCUGA